GUGUCCUUCCCGAUUUUCUCUAGUGACCUCCCUCCUCCAUCUCCAGUGGACCCUGGGUCUUCUCAGACAACAUCUUUCCCCUGGUGGGCAGGACAGGAUCAAGGCUGGCCUUCAUCUGGUAGCAAUUCAUCUGCCUCAGCCUUCUGAAUGCUGGGAUUACAGACAGGUGCUACCAUGCCAGCUAGCUGCUCUCCGCUGCCAGCUCUCUCCCAGCACUAUGGCCUUCAGUGGAAAAUUUGAAAUUGAGAGUGAGAAGAAUUAUGAUGAGUUCAUGAAGCGCCUGGGUCUUCCAGCAGAGGUGAUCGAGAAAGGACGAAACUUCAAGAUCAUCACAGAGGUCCAGCAGGAUGGACAGGACUUCACCUGGUCCCAGGCUUUCUCCGGAGGCAACAUUAUGACCAACAAGUUCACCAUUGGCAAACAAAGUGAAAUUCAGACAAUGGGGGGCAAGAAGUUCCAGGCUACUGUGAAGAUGGAGGAUGGGAAGUUGGUAGCAGACUUUCCUAACUAUCACCAAACCUGUGAGAUUGUGGAUGACAAAUUGGUGGAGAUCUCCACCAUUGAUGGUGUGACCUAUGAGCGCGUAAGCAAGAGGGUAGCUUGA